AUGGAAGAGCUUAUGAGCAGUGACAUGACGCCUCUGCUUCCUACUCCCUCCAUCCAACAAACCAUUUUUCCAAAACCCAACUCCAUUCUCGCUAAACCAAGAAAAGAUCGCCAUGCUAAGGUCAACGGCCGUGACCGCCGUAUCCGGCUGCCGGCGGUCUGCGCCUCCAGAAUCUUUCAGCUCACUCAAGAACUUGGUAACAAAACUGACGGCGAAACCAUCGAAUGGCUUCUUCGUAUGGCUGAGCCCUCUAUCAUUGCAGCUACAGGCAAUGGUUUUAUCAAUAAUACUAUUACUACUACUAAUAAUGAUAGUAAUAAUUCUGGUUUUGUUGAUUCUGGUUCUAAUAAUAAUAUGGUACCGUUUAUGAACCCUAAUUUAUCAGCCAGCUUUUCGUUGGGUUAUUCGUGUGAUUUUUCAGGUUCUUCUUCUGCUUCUUCUUAUAUGUUUCCUAGUACUGAAGCAAUGUUCAAGAACGAUUACAUUCAGUUUCCGAAACCUGAACAAGGUUUGAAUUCGUUGGACUUUGAUCUGGUGGGUAAUUUCGACAUGGAAUUUCCUCUCAGCUGCGAUUUGUUGUCUGGAAAUGAUGUUCAUCGCUUCUGA